AUGGCACAUCUUCUGGUGGACAGUACAUCAAGGGACCUGCCGGGUAGAGACAUAGAUUCAAUACCUCUGAUGGUGCCAGCUUCAAAAGGUAAGAAUGUAAAAACUCAGCCACCCUUGAACAGGAUGAGCAGGGAAGAAUUGGAGGACAGUUUUCUUCGACUUCGUGAAGAGCACAUGUCAGUGAAGGCGUUUUCUUGGAAGUUACAGGAUGAGAUCAAAAGGAUGAGGACUGCCUUGCUCCGAGCGACAGCUGCAGGCAGUGACCUGCAGACUCCGGCAGCGCCUGCGCAGCUCCCAGAGCCGGCCAGGUUGCGGCGGAACACGGGGUGGCGGCAGCGUUCCCGGAUGAACCAGCGCCCCGCGGCGCACCGGCUGCCGCGGCAGGUCCAGGGCGUCAGCCCGUCUGCUCCAGGCUUCGCCCAGCCUCGCGUCCACGUGGGACGCAGACAGCUCCACACGGCGGGUGCGCGGGUGCCGGAGAAACCCAAGAGGGAGCCAAGUGAAAGACUGAGCUACACAGCCCCUCCCACAUUUGAGGAGCACGUGACAAGUGAAAAAAAGAGAGCUGAAAUAUCCAGUGAACCCAGCCAACUUGUUCCUAAUUCUAACAGUACAAUUUAUUUCAACAAGGCUAUAAUGAUGACUAAACUCAUUAGCCUAUGCAUACCUAGCAGUGCCCACAUUGUCACCAACAAUACUAUGCAAGUGGAAGAACCACCCAAGUCUCCUGAGAAAAUGUGGUCCAAAGAUGAAGAUUUUGACCAGAGAAUCUCAUUGGAGUGUUCUCAGAAGGCCACAGAGCUUCGAGCUUCCAUUAGGGAGAAUGUAGAGCUGAUUCGACUUAAGAAGCUCUUGUAUGAAAGGAAUGCCUCAUUGGUAGUGACAAAAGCACAGCUAACCGAAGUUCAAGAGGCAUAUGAAACCCUGCUUCAGAAGAAUCAGGGAAUCCUGGAUGUAGCCCAUGAUGCCCUCCUCAGCCAAGUGAAUGAGCUCAGGGCAGAGCUGAAGGAGGAGAGCAAGAAGGCUGUGAGCUUGAAAAGUCAACUGGAAGAUGUAUCCAUCCUGCAGAUAACUCUAAAGGAGUUUCAGCAGAGAGUUGAAGAUUUGGAAAAAGAACGAAAAUUACUGAAUGACAAUUAUGACAAACUCUUAGAAAGCAUGCUGGACAGCAGUAGUCAGCCUCAAUGGGGCAAUGAGCUCAUAGCAGAACAGCUACAGCAGAAUGUCUCUCAGUUGCAGGAUCAGCUGGAUGCUGAACUAGAGGAGAAGAGUAACAUCUUACUUGAAUUGACCAGACAAGAAGCUGAAAACAAUGAUCUGAAACUAGAAGUUACCAACAUAUGUCUGAAGCAUGAACAGGAAGCAGAGAUCCUCGAAAAGGAAAUCAUUUCCCAACCUCCUGACAGGCCAUCAGAACCAGUCAUUCACCCAGCUCUAGUCCAAGAGACCACUCAGAUAGAGCCCUGUGAACCAAGAAACCAAGAAGAAAAUAAACUGUCCCAUAUACUAAAUGAGUUGCAAGCAUCACAUGCAGAGACCACUCUGGAACUAGAAAAGACAAGAGACAUGCUUAUUCUGCAGCGCAAAAUCAACGUGUGUUAUCAGGAGGAACUGGAGGCAAUGAUGACAAAAGCUGAUAAUGAAAAGAGAGAUCACCAAGAGAAAGUAGAAAGAUUGAAUCAACUCCUGGACUUCAAGAACAAUCGAAUCAGGCAGCUGGAAGGUAUUUUAAGAAGCCAUGGCCUUCCAACCUCUGAACAGCUCAAAGAUGUGGCUUAUGGCACCCGACAGUUGUGUCUAGAAACACUGCCAGCCCAUGGAGAUGAAGAUAAAGUGGACAUUUCUCUGCUGCACCAGAGUGAGAAUCUUUUUGAACUGCACCUCCACCAGGCCUUCCUGACAUCUGCUGCCCUGGCUCAGGCUGGAGACAACCAACCUACCACAUUUUGCACUUAUUUCUUCUAUGAUUUUGAAACCCACUGUACCCCACUUGCUGUGGGGCCACAACCCCUCUAUGACUUCACCUCCCAGUAUGUAGUAGAGACAGAUUCCCUUUUCUUGCACUACCUUCAAGGGGCUUCAGCCCGGAUUGAUCUCCACCAAGCUAUGGCCUGUGAGCACCAUACCCUUGCAACGGGAUGGAUUUGCUUUAACAGGGUGCUGGAGACUGUGGAGAAAGUUCAUGGCUCUGCCAUUCUUACUGGAGCUGGUGGAGAAGACUUCGGGGUGCUAGAGUAUUGGAUGAGGUUGCAUUUCCCCAUAAGACCCAGCCUACAGGCAUGGAGAAAGCGAAAGAAAGUCCAAGCCUAUCUGUCAGCCAAUGUGCUUGGAGCCUGGGAGGCCCUGGAAGAUGAGUCCAGAGCAGAGGUUUGGAAGCAUCAGAAUGAGCUGCGGGUGGAAAUCAUCAGGUGCUGUGGCCUCCAGAGUCGAUGGCUGGGGACCCAACCCAGUCCAUAUGCCAUGUACCGCUUCUUCACCUUUUCUGACCAUGACACUGCCAUCAUACCAUUCAGUAACAAUCCCUACUUCAGGGACCAGUUUCAAUUCCCAGUGCUUGUGACUUCUGAACUGGAUCAAUAUCUGAGGCGGGAGGCCCUGCUGGUGUACGUUUUUGAUGAUGAAGACUCAGAGCCUGGCUCAUACCUUGGUCGAGUCCAAGUGCCCUUGCUGCCUCUUGCUCAAAACAAAGAAAUUAAAGGUGAUUUUAACCUCACUGACUCUGCGGAGAAACCCAAUGGAUCUAUUCAGGUGAAAUUGGAUUGGAAGUCUCCCUACUUGUCCCCCAAGAGCUUCCUGAAACCAGAAGCUCAAACAGAGGAGGAUGAUACCACUAACAGAUUAGAGACCUCAUCUGAGGAUGAAAAUGCUUCCUUUCCUCCCCAGCACCAGAUGGCAUCUAUUGAGAUUCCCAUUGAAGCUGGUGACUGUCAAACACAGAGAAAAUCUUCUCAGGUGGGAGAAAGAAAGGAAAAGGAACAUCAGGUUGAGAGCUACUCAAGAAGAAAGCAUGGAAAAAGAACAGGUGCCCAAGGAAAGAAUAGAAUGGAGUAUCUCAGUCGUAACAUCUUAAAUGGACAUACCCUACAGCAGGUGAAUUACACUGAGUGGAAAUUCUCAGGGCUUAAAGUCUCCAGAGAUGAUUGUUUAAAAAAACAGGAAAAGGAAGUGGAUAUGAUAUCAUCCAGUUCAGAACUGAAACAGAAGGAACCUCUACAUCCUAUAAAUGGUAAAGAAUUCUGUGAACAAACAUCUGAAGCCAGUGAAGCUCCAACUACAGAUAGUGAUGACAUCAUAGUGACACCAUUAUCUCAGAAAUGUCCUAAGGCAGGUUCAGAGAAGAUGUGCAUUGAAAUUGUCUCCCUGGCCUUCUAUCCAGAGGCUGAAGUGAUGUCUGAUGAGAACAUAAAACAGGUAUAUGUGGAGUACAGAUUCCAUGACCUACCCUUGUCAGAGACUGAGACUCCAGUAUCCCUGAGGAAACCAAGGGCAGGAGAAGAGAUCCACUUCCACUUUAGCAAAGUGAUAGACCUGGACCCACUGGAGCAAAAAGGUCGAAGGCAGUAUCUGUUCUCCAUGCUGAAUGAGCAAGAUCGUGAGCAAGGACAUUUAAAGUUUACAGUGGUAAGUGAUCCUAUGGAUGAAGAAAAGAUAGAAUGUCAAGACAUAGGAUAUGCAUAUCUUGGACUUUCGCAGGUCCUGGAAUCAGGAAGAGACAUUCUAGAGCAAGAGCUAGACAUUGUUAGUCCUGAAGACCAGGUCACCCCAAUAGGAAGGCUGAAGGUUUCCCUUCAAGCUGCUGCUGCCCUCCAUGCUAUUUACAAGGAGAUGACUGAAGAUCUGUUUUUGUGAUGUAACAAGUGUUAUUCCAUUCUAAAAUCUGAGGGAACCAUAGUAAAAAGUCUCUUAUAAAGUAACUUACUAUACCAUGAAUUUGAUCUGCUGUGAUGUCUAAUCUUUCUCUCAACCUAACUGUGAUACUAGUUUGAUAAAAGCAUUUUCCUCUCUCUAAGGCUCUAAUGCUUAA